UAGUUAUGCUUGUAUAUUUUAUUAAUAUUAAACCUAACCUAAAUCGAUAAUAAAUGUAAAUAAAUGUACAACAUAACAAUGCAUAUAGAAAAUAAAUGGGUACGAAAAUGAAAUUUCAAAAAUCUUUACCACCAUUAGUCGAAGGCAAAAUUCAUGGUUAUUUAAAACUUGUUAUAGAUGAAAUUAUAUGGUUAAAAAGAAGUUUUAGUGAAAUCAAAAUAUUUUUAACUUGGUGGGGAGAAACUAAUAGAACUGAAUUUAGAUCAAUAGAUGUUACAAAAGAUGUUAUAAAAUCACAACAGGAAACAACUGAAAUUUAUGCUAUUCGUACAAAUAUAAAUCUUUUUGAAGAAUAUAUUAAGAAUUGCGAACCUAUAGAAGUAAUAAUUAUUAAUAAAGAAACCAAUAAAAUUAUUGGAACUUCACAAAUCACAGAUUUAUUACAAAUUCUUAAAUAUAAAUCAUAUUUUAAAUAUAUACCAAUAAUAACUAAUUAUGGAACUAAAAUAGGAGAAAUUCAUAUUUCUAUGAAAUUAAAAUAUAUGACAAAAUCUUUUAAUAUGCAAUUAAAGACACAUAAAUAUGAAAAAAAACAAGCUGAUCAUAAUAUUUUAAUCUCAACUAAUAGUUUUAAAAAUCAAGAUAAUAUAAUGACUAAUGAAUGCAAUAAAAAAGAAAUAACAGAAGAAAAUAAUACUUAUAAAUCUAUUUUAAAAUUGAGAAGAACAGAAUUUCAAGAACCUAUUAAUAAAUUGAAAAAUGAUAUAACAGAUAAAAUUAUUGCUCAGAUUGUUACAAAAGCUCAACAACUCAGAGGAGCUUUAUAUAAAAAAACUUAUGAUGAAGAUGAGUUAAUUUUUAAUAAUAAUUCGAUAAAUGAAUUAUCAUUGAAUGAAUUACAAACUAAUAUUUCUAUAGAUGAUGAAGUAAAAUUACAUGAAUGCUUUCUGAAUAAAGAUAUGAUGUUAUCUAAUGAAAGCAAAACACAUACAUCAACAUCUUUAAAUUCAAGUUUGAUAGAUCUUACAUCUAAUAGUUUAAAAACCUCUAAAUAUGAUAAUAAAAGUACAAUAAAUGGUAUAUCUUCUACAAGAAUGAAUUCUUUAAUGAAAGACACAUUUUCAAAUAAAAAAUUGUAUAUUAAUUCAAAAGAUACUGAACUUUUUGAUUUUAUUACUUAUAUUCAAAUUAAUAUAGAAUCAUUUACUUUAAGUCCUGCAGGUUAUAGACGUGUAAAAUCUUCUUCAAUAUCACAUAAAGAUGAUGUCUUUUUAUCUGCAACAUAUUUUGUUCAAUAUGAUAUAAUAUUUGAUCAUAUUGAUGAAUUUGAAAAAAAAAACAAGACUGUGAGAAUUUCUUCCAAAAAACAAGCAAAUCAAGUGAUCUAUUUUAAUCAUAGCAAUAUAUAUAAAAUAUCAAAUUUAAAAUAUUAUAGAGGACUGUUUAUAAAAUUUAAAAUAUUUUUUCGCCAUCUUAACAAAAAGUUAUUAAUUGAAUUAGGAAAUGGUACUAUUAAUGUUAAUAAUAUUAUAAAAAGUGAAAACUUGAAAUCUGCACAACAUCUAAUUAUAGUUAAUAAAAAAAUAAAAACAGGAAAAUUAUAUAUAAUUAUAGAAUUAGGUUCGGAUUCUAAUCAUUCUGAAAAACAAUAUAUUGAUAAAACAAUUUUUACUAAAGAAAACAUUCCUAUUUUGGAUCCACAACAAUUAUUAAAUGAACCUAAAAAUAAAAGUAGUAAAAAUAUUAUAGAAAAUCAAUCUAAAACAGAUAAUGAAGUACUACCAAUUUUAGAUGGAGCUACUACAGAUAGUUCUUCAAUUGUAAAGAAUGUAUCACAAUCUAUAACAGAAAUAAUAGAUGAUAAAAAAAUGGAUACAAAAAAUUAUAAAAAUACAGAUCCAGACAAGGUUUUACUUCAUGGUUUAAUAUAUGUAUUUGAAGGAUUAGAUUUGUCAGAGUUAAAUACAUAUUUAAUAUGUAGAGCAUUUUGGAAAGAAGAUAAAACUAAAAGUCAAAUCUGUAACAAUACCAAAAAUCCAUCAUACCAAUUUUGUCAAUUAAUUCCUCUUAUUUAUGAUAAUGAUUUAUUGGAACGUAUUAAAGAUAAUUAUAUAAUUAUUGAAGUUUAUUCUAGAAAUAAUAAUAUUGAUAAUUUAUUAGGAUUGACAAAAUUAUCUGUACAUCAGUUAUAUGUUGCAUAUAGAGAUCCACGAGUAUUAUCUUAUUUGAUAUUAUCUAAAUAUCCAGUAAUAAGUGUAGAUGGAUGGGUCCCAAUUAUAGAUCCUGUUUCUGGUCAAUCUUGUGGUCAAUUACUUGCAUUGGUAGCUCUUGGAACUGCUGAACAAAUUGCAUUAUUAAAAAUGUCAAGAAAUUUGCAAUCUUUUGGAAUAUCUCAAAUAAUGAAUUUAAAUAAAUUUUUUGAUUUUAAAAAACAAACACAAGAUAUGCAACAUAGCAUAUAUAAAACACAAUUAAAUAAAGAGGAAAUUUUAGAAAAUAAUUCUCAAAUAUAUACUACUAAUACAAUUGAAAAAGAAUUAUAUUUUCCAAAUUCGGAAAGUCGAGAAUGUCAGACAGAUAUCUCCAUUAUUAAAGAAUUAAAAUUUAAUGGAAAAUUACAAAAAAAUAUUUCAAAUUCAGAAUAUUCGAUUUUACAUACGGUUGAUUAUUUAACGCGAGUUUCAAGUGUUAACAAAAAUAAUAUAGACCAAGCGACACAAACUGACAUAGAUUUGAAAGAAAAAAAACCAGCAAAUAAAGAACGAAUAUAUUCGAAUGAAAUGAAUUCUAAUAAUAGUUUUGAUGAUAGUGAUAAUAGUAGUAUUAAGCACAACUUUUAUUUACCAACAGAAAUAUAUAGAAGUGUUGGAGUUGGUGCUGAAUACAAUGAAGAAAUCAAUCAACAACCAAAUAGUAAUCACAGUAAUACAACAUUUGAGUUAUCAACUAUAAUUCAAACAGAAAACGAAUCAACAAAUUCCACAUAUAGUCAAACAAUGUUUAGAGCUAUUGUGGAAAUUGAAUGUGCAUUACAUUUACCAAAAAUAGAAAAAAUUGAUGGAACUAUUGAUCCUAGUACAUAUGUAUCCUUUCAGGUCAAUCAAUCUAAUCAUGCAAGCCAUUUAAACUCAUAUAUGAUUACUAAUGUUUUCCCAUAUAGUUGUAAUCCGAAAUGGAAUUGGAAAUGUGAUACACAAUUACCAACAGAAUUACUUUUAUAUGAUAAAAAGAGAUUAAUUUUAAAAAUUUGGCGGAUAUUAGAUACAGAUAUUAGUAUGCAAAUAAAUUUAGAAAAUGAUGUUGUUCUCGGAUUUUCUGCUAUUGAUCUUUCUAUUUUAAAAAAUGGUUUUCCAACAGUGUCUGGUUGGUUUCAUAUAAUGGAUUUUACUGGAAAAUGCAAUGGACAAAUUAAAGUAUGUAUAACACCAUUAGAUAAUUUAUCAUUAUUUGGAAAGUCAAUAACUCGAUUACCAACAUAUUCCAUGACACAAUUAAAUAAGAUUCCAUUAUAUGCUCAUGAAAUGCAUUCACAUGAUAUUGAACGAAAUAAUACCAAUUAUACUUUAUCAACAGUUGUACAAAAAGAAGAGAAAUUAUUACAUAAUGAAAAUCAAUCAAAUGACUCGAAUAUUCAUAUUGAUUUUGAAGAUGUAUCUAUGUCAUUUUUAUCCUUAUCCUUGAAACAAAAAUUAACUGAAUUAGAUGAAAUUACAAAACGUCUAAAGUCACGAUUACAUGAUAUCACAAGUACAGCUUUCGAAGAUGACUUGGAAAAUGAAUUUGAAUUAAAUGAAUUAACCAGCAAUAAUAGAAAUAACGAUCAUAAAAUUAUCGAACCAGUAGUACCUAUUGCUGCAAUGGAUUAUAAUAAUAAAAUAUGUUUAAAUAGAAAUACUAAAGAAAAUGAAAAUGAAAAUAUAUCAAAUGAUGAUACAACAAAAUUUAACAUUCAAAAUUUCUUAUCAAAAACUUAUAUCAGUUGUGAUAAUUCAGUUAGUUGCGAAAUAAUAAAACAUAAUUCUUCUAAAAUAUUGAAUUCUUACGAUAAACGAAAUUUAUUAAAUGAUAAUUCUGAAACACAACAGCAAAAUGAACAUUUAAUGCAAAAUAUUAAAACAUUAGAUGAUACUUUUAUUGACUAUCCAAAACAAGGAACUAAAGCACAUAUAAACUAUUUACUUGAUAAACUCUCUUCACAAUUUCCUACACAAUCUUAUUUGACUAAAGUUAUGCCAAUGGAGAAAGAUAUUACUAAUGUAUUAACAAAUUUACCAAAUAAUAGUUGUUUACAAGAUACUAAUCAAGAACUUAAAAUAUUUACAUCACAUACAAAAAUGGAUAAUAUACAAAAUUCAAUAACAAAUUCUAUGUCCAAAGAAGUUGAUAUAUAUGAUCAAGAUUCACAAAUUGCUAAUAAAAUGUCAACAGUAAUUCGUGAAGAACUAAUUGCUGAAGAAAAUAGUAAUACAUCCAAAUGCGACGAAUUAACAACAUAUCUUAUAACUUCAAAUAUUCGUCAUAUGGAUUUAAAUAAUAUUUGUAAUUUACCUUUAUAUCAACAUUUAAUGCCUGAUUUGUAUUACCCACAUAUAUCAUUAGAAGAAGAAACUAUUAAACAAUUAGAUAAUCGAUAUAGCAAAGAAUUUGAUACAUCAAAAAAUAACAAAUUAAACAAAAUACAUGAUUUAAGGGGAACUAAUAUAUCUAUAGAAAAUACUAAUCAUUUUAGAACAACACCAUCUGGAAUAUCGGAAAAUAUUAUUAGUGAUUUCAUUGGUUUUCAUGAUACAAAUUACAAUGAUCAAUUGGCAAAUAAUAGUACAGAAUCGACUACAACCAUAUCGAUUGCAAAUUCAAUAGUAAAAUCAAUUGAUUCAGAAAUAGUUGAAAAUGGUGAUUCUAUAUCUUUUGAAACAUCUGAUUUAGUACUUCCAAGACAAGCUCCUGAUGGUGGUAAUCCUAUAGAAGAUAAUAAAAAAUCAUUAAUUACACAAGAAAAUGAAAUUCUUCAUUCAUAAUUAAGUAUUUGUAUUUAUAACUAAUAUAAAUUUGUUUAUAUCAUAUCCAUAAUU